AUGCCCGCGCCGGGUCCGGGGUCCCCACUGUGGCCGACCAAUCGUGCCCGGACAGACAUGAAGGGAGAAUGCAUUCUACAGUACGUCCCUGAGGCCCUAGUCCUCGGGCCCCUCGAUCCCACAUUCCGUGAGCUUGUGGACGAGGUAUAUCGCAAACAGCGCAAGGAGGCCGAGCCCGCGUUUUGUGAGAGUCUCCAAGUCGUGGAUGGGACCGGCACCACACUCUAA